UGCUUUUGAAUGAAACAAUUGAAAACAACGAUCUACAAUUCAAGACAUUAAAAAUCACAGACUUUGGUCUUGCCAGGGAAGUUUACAAAACAACUAGAAUGUCUGCUGCUGGAACAUAUGCUUGGAUGGCACCGGAGGUUAUAAAAAAAUCAAUAUUCUCAAAAGCUAGCGACGUUUGGAGCUAUGGUGUUUUACUGUGGGAACUACUUACUGGUGAAAUGCCGUACAAAGGAAUUGAUGUACUUGCUGUUGCUUACGGAGUGGCAGUGAACAAACUUACUUUACCAAUACCUUCCACUUGUCCACAACCAUUCAGAGAACUCAUGGAGGCUUGUUGGCAUUCUGACUCUCACAUGAGGCCUAGUUUUGAAGAUAUAUUAACAUCAUUGGAUGAUAUUGUACACUCUGCUUUUACUCAAACACCACAUGAAUCUUUUCAUACCUUGCAAGAUGUUUGGAAAGUAGAAAUUGAACAAGUACUUGAUGGACUACGAAUGAAAGAAAAAGCUUUUAAAUCUAAAGAAGAAGAAUUACGGUGUCGCGAAGAAGAAUUAAGCCGAGCUCAGGUACAACAACAGAUUGCUGAAAAACACUUAAAACAGAGAGAACGUGACUUAGAAGCACGUGAAAUGGAAUUGCUCAAAUGGGAACUAAAUAUCAUAAUGCAACAGCAACAAGCAUCGCCAGCAAUACCUACUCCCAACAAACGCCGUGGACAUUUCAAAAAGUCCAACAUUUUAAAGAUGUUAAAAAAAGAACCAAACCAGUUGCCUAUUAGUUCUCCAUCUGAUUUUCGACACACAAUAACUGUGCAGCACACCAGCGACAGGAAAAAUCGUGAUGCAUCUGGUCCAAACAGCCCUCCUGGUUCCCCAAAUAUUCCUAGACUGAGAGCUAUUGCACUGCCAGCAGACGGAGUCAAGGGCAAAACGUGGGGCCCAAGUACGUUUCAUCAACGUGAGCGCGUACAGAUUAUCUGUGGGAGUCCAUCAUAUCCGUCAUCAACAGCCACAACAUCUUUUAAAGGAUGGUCUCGAUCAGCACCCAACCUAGAGAAACAUCAGUUAUCGGUUCGCUCAAACUUCGCGGCUUUACAAGAAAUAGACUACGGUGGCCCACCAAUGUCCGCGACUUACUGUUGGCCGGACGACGACGGAAAUGACGACGAUCGGCUACGGACUCAGCGACCGCGGUCGUCCGAUCGUCACCGGACGAGCACCCCGGGAGACGGUGUUGGGUCGACGACGACCGUGUCGUCGAAACCUUCGUCGUCGACGGCUGCUGCGGCAUCGACCAAUCACAAGACCACGCCGCUGUUGGAGAGUGUCAUGCGAGCAGCCGCGUCCAUGUUGGCAGGUUUUGCGUUGGGCGGCGCGGACGUCAGGACGUGCAUCUCUUCUGGUCGUAAUGCAGCGCACACGCCCGGUAUGCAGCAGACUUCCACCGACACUGCCAACACCACAACCUCUACGUCGGACUUAAAUUUUUGCCAACACAAUUCUUCCGGCCGCCCGCACAAACACAACACGUACCACGGCCCUUCGUCGAAGCAUUUUCGCGUACCGUUACCGCAGAGUUCUGACGCCAAACCUUUGCGGUUUACCGACAGCCCGCAACACCGGUUGAGUCGUUCCCGGCGGAAAUCCAGACCGCCGCCUCGGAGGAAGUCGAGCAGCGUGGUCGGUUGCGCCGACGAGAAAAGCCACCAUUCUUUUUACGGCACCACGUCUAGCGAUUAUUACCAGCAAACAGACUUCGCGUCUCAUACCGGAUACCGUCAGUUGUCCAGCGACCGUGGUGGAUACCGCCAGCUGUCUAACGACCGGUGUGGAGUUACCAGUGCGGGGUACGAGUACGAAAACGGUGGCUUGUACGCGUACGACAAUCCGACUGCCAAUCACAACGAUGCGGUCGGCGGCGUCGACGAUCCACCGUCGUUUAGCCGAAGUCGAUACCGGUGCGGUGGUGGAAAUCCAACGUUUACCAUGGACCCCGCCGAAUUUUCUUCGGCGGUUUCGCAUCAUACGCAGCGGGCACCGUCGAUUUCGCCGUCGCUUCCGUACUUACACCAAAGGCGGGCGGGCGACUAUUCAAAUUACUUCACCAGCGACGAACGACUAUCGCAACCGCAUUCCGCCGAGACCCUAAGCCGACCUACCACGUUGGAACCCGGGACGCCGUCGAGACUGCGGUCCAGCCUGAAGAAAUCUGUGUAUGGCAGUCGGCAAACAGCCGUUGGUUCGUCAAGUCCAGGAGUGUCGCCGACCAAUCCAACACCGCCAGACAGCCUGACUAGCGAUGACAGCAGUUACAUGUCGGCCAGGGACAGCUCAGCGGCUUCUCUGUCCACGGCUCGAGUCCGGUUUUCGCCCGUCACGCUGCUGGACCUGCCCACCCACGGGCAACACCAGGACUCGACGAUCCCCCUGCAGGCAGCCGCGACCACGUCGUCGUCGGCUCCCAAUUCCAGACGAUCGUCAUCGGUUUCAGAAUUCAUCGCGUGACCGCAACAGAAACAAUAAUAGUCAUAAUAUCGUUAUGUUGUAGCGUUGAUAACGUUCAAAAUAAUUGUUUAAUUUAUUAUAAUAUUUGAUUCAGUCAGCUACAGUAUUUUAUCCACUAUCGCGUAAACGUUUUUUUUCUUUUUUAUACGUAUCUAAGUUUAUAUACUUUUUUUAAAUUUAUAAUUUUUUUUUUCAUUUCAUAUAAUCUAUUAUAUAAUAUUUUGAUUUAUUCAUUAUUAGUAUAAGUUUUCGUACGACGUGUUCGUUUCGACUACCGGACAUUAUCGUCUAAUAUAGGUACAUAAUACAUAUAACAUAUAUUAUAUAUAUAUCAUCGUCAACUCGUUUUCCGUUAUUAUAUAAUAGGAGGUACGUAUGAUAACGACUUUAUUUAUGAUAUAAAAAUUUAUAUUGUGAUUUUUUUACGAGUUCAAUCUUAUUUUUUUACAUAGUGAAUUAAGAUUUCUGUCAGAUCUUUGGUCCAAUGUAACGGCCACCGUGUUGGUAUAUUUUUUUUGUAAUCGACGCUUCGAACCGAGUUGAUUUUUGUUAAAGAUUUGUAUGUACGUUGCUGGCCUCACGACCGAUAUAUUUUUUUUAUAUAUAUUUUUUAUGUUUAUUAUAAAAUAUUAUCAUUUAUGUGUUUUUGUAUAAUAUGUAUACCUACGCUGAAACAAAUUUAAAUGCGAUUUGUUUUAGUAAACAUAAUAUUACCUAGAUAAUCGUGACAUCUGUUAAAUACAAUUUUUUAUUUUAUAUUAUCGACGAUAUCAGUGUUAAAAUGUUCCGCAGACCGUAGUUAGAUUUUACCAUUAUUAUUUUUAUUUUUCAUUAUUAUUAUAUUAUUUUAUUAGAUAAUAAACAUUGAUAAUAAUAUU